UCACUGUAAUAAACAAGCUCUGGUUCAGACUCGUGUUUCCGGAAGUGUUGUGGGGCGAAACCUCUUAACUCCCUUCUGAACAAACCUUUAACAGAGGUCUAUUGAGCUUCUGUCUCUUCUAACAGCCGUACAGGUGUAACAGCCCCCUGCAGGUGUACAGAACCUCCGGAAGUACAGAUCCACCAGGUGUACAGUUCCUUCAGGUGUACAGACUCAGGUGUGCAGUCCUCAGGUGUCCCCAUGUCCCGGAUGUUGUGCAGUAAGCAGGUGGGCACGGACCUCUCCAUGGUUGAGAUCUCUAAGCUGGAGGUUCUCCAGACGGAGGUGAUCAGGCUGAGGACUCUGGUAGUGGAUCUACAGGAUCAGUUAAAGUGGAAGAAGCUCCAGAAACAGUUUGAAUGUGAAGAUAUAAAGACGUGUGAAGACGAUGGUGGAGAUCAGAGAACUCUGUCGGCUGCUUUUAAAAACCAACACAUUUCUACAGUAAGAAUAACUUCUUCUUCUUCUGCUGCUGAGGAUCAGUCCACCCCACAGACCCAGGAUAGAAGACCCACUACAGAAGCUCAGGAUGCAGCUGGUGGAAAUGUAAACCCGUCAGAUCGAUCUCUUCAGAACCCGGAGAAAACAUCUCUCCAAUCAGAACCAGAACCAGGUCCAGUACAGACGUCCUGCACCACCUCCAACACUAAAGACCUUCAGACCCGAUUACAGACGCUGUCAGUGCGGCUGGUGGACUGCAGGAAGAUGAUCAACCCUAAGAGACGUGAAGAAAAUCUGAAUACUUCAAAUAAGCCAAGCCAGCCAUCUUCCAGCAGUGGGAGCAGAAGUCUGUCUGAAGAAACGAUUCAGAAGAAAAAGAUUCUGCGAAAACCAAAUCCACAAAAACCUCCUUCCACCUCCCGAAACCUGCCAAAGAGAAAACUUAUCAAACGCAACCGGCUAAAAACAUUGUAUACCUGCUCAGAGUGUGGCAGGAGUUAUCCUACAUCAUCAUACCUUAAGAUACACAUGAGAAUUCAUACCGGUGAGAGACCUUUCAGAUGCACCCACUGUGGUAAGGCGUUUAACCAGUCGGGGUCUCUUAGAAUCCAUCAGAGAAUACAUACCGGCGAGAAGCCUUACAAGUGCACUCAGUGUCACAAAACCUUCAUCAGCUCCGGUCAGCUUACGACUCACCUGAGAGGUCAUGCUGGAAUCAAACCUUUCCGUUGCUCCGAGUGCGGCAAGUCCUUCCUGGAGUCAUCUGCCCUGACAAUCCACCGGAGAAUACAUACUGGACAAAAGCCGUACCAGUGUACGGUUUGUGAAAAAUGCUUCACAACCUCAUCAAGUCUCGCCAACCAUCAGGCAAUGCACAAAAAGAAAAGACCUUUCCCCUGCUCUCUGUGCAGCUUAUCCUUUACUACUUUAGGAAAGCUUAAAAUCCACUUGAGAACUCAUACUGGAGAGAAGCCGUAUAAGUGCCUUCAGUGCGGGAAGACGUUCACUCAGUCCGGAAGUCUUACAGUCCACCAGAAGCUGCAUGCUUCAGAUCAGGUUUACCAGUGCUCUCAGUGUGAUAAAACCUUUACAUGCACAGUGUACCUUAAGAAACAUCAGAAAAUACAUACUGGAGAGAAGCCCUAUGAGUGCAAACUGUGUCAAAAGAAGUUUAAUCUGUUAUCGGCACUGAAAACCCACGAACGAACACAUACCGGAGAAAAACCUUACCAGUGCAUGACCUGCGGAAAAUGUUUUUCCAGCUCUGCGUCGCUAAUAAGGCAUCGGAUAAUUCAUACUGGAAAGCAGCCUCAUCAGUGCCCCACUUGUGGAAAAAAGUUCUCGUACCCUUCGUUGCUCAAAAAGCAUCAAAGGGUCCAUACCCAAGAAAAGCCUUACCCCUGUUCCCACUGUGACAAGGCUUUUGCUGUGCUUUCAGGCCUCAAAGCCCACGAGAGAACACAUACUGGAGAAAAGCCCUACCAGUGCUCUGUCUGCCAGAAGACGUUUUCGAAUUCAUCGAUUUUAGCUAGGCAUCAAAGUGUUCACACUGGAGAGAAGCCCCACGAGUGCUCGACCUGUGGAAAAAGCUUCCCGAGACUGUCCAACCUCAGAGUCCAUCAGCGAGUGCAUACCAACGAAAAGCCUUACUCAUGUCCCCAGUGCGACAAGACCUUCGCUCACUCGUCCAGCCUUAAAGUCCAUCAGAGAAAUCAUACUGGAGAAAAGCCUUACCAGUGCUCGGAUUGUGAGAAGAGUUUCACCCAGUUAGGACACCUUCAGAGCCAUCAGAGGACACACUCCAAAAAAAAAAGAAGUCGUAAGGAUUUAUGCAAAGAUGAUGGAAAGUAGUUAAGUUGGGUAGUUAUGUUCUCGGAAAACACACUACAAAGAAGUGGACUAUGGGAAGAGAGUUUAACAGUUUUAACACACUACAAAGAAGUUCUAAGGAUGUACAGACUAGAAAAAGAUAGUUGGGAAGUUAUUUUCACAGAAAACACACUACAAAGAAGUCGUAAGGAUUUGUGGAAUAUGAAUAGAUAGUUGGACAAUUCUUUUUUUUUUUGUUGUUUUAGAAAACACAAACUACAAAGAAGUCCUAAGGGUAGAUUGACCAUGGAAUUACAUUUGGUCAGUUUCUUUCUUUGAAAACACACUACAAAAAAAGUCGAAGGAUUUAUGCAAAGACGACGUAAAGACAGUUGGGUAGUUCUUUUCUCAGAAAACACUCUACAAAGAAGUCAAAAGGAUUUAUGGACUAUAGAAAGACAGUUGGGCAGUUUUUUUUUUUAGAAGACACUACAGAGAAUUCGUAAGAGUUGACGCACUACAGAAAGGCAGUUUGUUAGUUAUUUCUUUUCUAAUAAAAAACACUACUAAGAUUUUGUAACGAU